AUGCCCAUGCUGCAAGAUGCGAAUCUCCGGUGCUCUUGCCUAACGAUCAAGACUGUCGACUCAAAAUCCAAAGUCUCUUGUUCAAGAUGUGGAACCAAGCUUUUUGUGCCUUUGAAUGAUGAGAUUAUGGAGCUCCCUAUCAAAACUUUGGUGACGGAAGGAUUGAGAGAGGAACAUCAGGAGUGGCUACUUCCCGAAAGGGGACUUCAAUGGGAUGGUAAGAGUAUUAUUGUGGAAGAGAGGAUCGCCGACAGAGGUGCAGAUGAGGGGGUGUUGAAGGAUUAUGGCAAGGCAUGGAGCGAGGGGAUAUACGGAAGGGUUGGAGCUUGA